AUGAUUUUCCCUACCAGCCUUGUCUGGCUAACAUGCCUCUUCACUGCCACAUCCGCCCAACAACCCACCAGCUGUCUCAAACCUCAACCCACCUCUCAAGCUUUCUUCGUCAUGGGCUGCGGCAAACCCAUCACCGUCGACCGUCUCGACCCCAUUGUCUCUCCCGGCCGCCCUUCUCAGCACCUCCACACAGUAAUGGGCGGUUCUGCCUUCGACUUCGACUUGGACUACAACAAAACGCAGACUUCCAACCGCACCACCUGCGCCGUAUCCAAGGACUUAUCCAACUACUGGGUGCCCACCGUCUACUUCCACCAUGCGAACGGCUCCUUUGAAGCCGUGGAGCAAGUAGGCGGCAUCAACGUCUACUACCAAGAACGCAUGGACUGGACCGAUUACUGCGCCGGUCGCGAGUUGCUCGCUUUCCCUCCCGGGUUCCGGAUGAUGGCAGGCGACACCACCCGCCGCGACUUCAACUCCUCCAAAGUCGAACAUCGCGCAAUCGAGUUCAUCUGCUUGUUGACGGACGGUCAGGAGGGUCUCCCUCCCUUUCACGAGUUUCCCAACCGUACCUGCAACGGCGGUCUACAAAUCCGCAUCCGUUUUCCUUCGUGCUGGGACGGUGUGGGACUCGGCACUUUUUCUUCUUCCUCCAACUCCUCUGUCCCCGGUUCAGACUCAACACCGAUAGCAAGCGCCUACAACUCCUCCCACGUAACUUACCCAUCCCGCCUCGACACCGGCGUCUGCCCUUCCACUCACCCCCACCGCAUCCCCGCCCUGCUGUACGAAAUGACGUGGAACGUAGCUGCUUUUAACUCUUUCAGAUCCAUGGGAGAACAGCCGUUUGUCUUUUCCAACGGCGACAAGACGGGGUACGGAUACCAUGCGGAUUUCUUCAACGGGUGGGAUGUGAAUCUCUUGCAGAGGGCGCUGAGAGAUCCGAGCUGUGGAAACGAGACGGGCGGGAGGAUCGAGAUGUGUGGGACGUUCAAGGAGUAUUUGCAGAGUAAUGAGGUGCAGAAUGGGAUUGGGGGGUUGGAGCAGAAAGUAAAAGGGGAGUGGAGGGGGGUGUUGGAAGGGGGAGAGUUGCCGGGGGGUGUGAGGGUUGAGUGAGUGGUGAGUGAUGAACAGUGAGUGGUGGGUUGGUGAUGGGUGAGGUGAAAGGGAGUUGAAGUGUUGAGUGCUGUCGUGAUUUUAGCGAGGGAUGUGGUGGGUGGCGGGCGGGAUUGACUUGGAUGCUGUUCGCUUGGUACAUGUUAUGAAAGAAUGCCCAGAUGAUUGUAAGGAACAGGAAAAAGAAUGAAUGAGCAGCGCAUCGAU